AUGCCUGGCACCGCCGUCCACUUCGGCGGCGGCAACAUCGGCCGUGGCUUCAUCGCCGAGCUUCUUCAUGAGAGUGGCUACGAAGUCAUCUUUGUGGACGUCGUUGACGACCUCAUCGACCGCAUCAAUUCAUCCAAGUCAUACAAGAUCACCGAAGUCGGUGAGGAGGGGGAGAGAAGCAAGAUCAUUACAAACUACCGGGCCAUCAACUCCAAGUACAAGAUGGACGAAGUGAUCCAAUGCAUUGCUGACGCCGAUGUCGUUACUUGUGCUGUUGGUCCUUCCAUUCUCAAAUUCAUCGCCAAACCAAUUGCCGACGGUAUUACUGCCAGAACCAAGUCCAAGCCGCUUGCCGUCAUUGCUUGUGAGAACAUGAUCAACGCCACCGAUGCACUGAAGGCUCUCAUCAUUGACGAGAAGAACAUGAAGCCUGACAUCCUCAAGGAUCUCGAGUCCAGAGCCGAGUUUGGCAAUUCUGCCAUUGACAGAAUUGUUCCAACCCAGCCUCCACAUGCCAACCUUGACGUCCUCAUCGAGAGCUUCUACGAAUGGUGUGUCGAGACCACGGGCUUCAAGUCAGGACACCCGGACAUCCAAGGUAUCCACUGGGUCGAAGAUCUCGAGCCUUAUAUCGAGCGCAAGCUCUUCACGGUCAACACGAGCCACGCCACGGCUGCCUACUUCGGCUACUACAAGGGUCUGAAGACCAUUCACGACGCUAUGGCUGAUCCUGAAAUCAGACAAGAGGUUCACGAGGCUCUCGAAGAGACUGCUCACCUCAUCAGCGGUAAACAUGGCAUCACAGCUGAGGAGCAACAGAAAUACGUUGACACUAUUAUCUCUCGUAUCUCCAACCCUCAUCUUGAGGAUGUUCCGGUUCGUGUUGCCCGUGCACCUCUCCGAAAACUUGGUCGCAAGGAACGCUUCAUCGGACCGGCCGCCCAAUUGGCUGAACGUGGAUACGAUGUCACCGCUCUCGUUCGCGGGGUCGAGAUGGCUCUUCGAUUCCAGAAUGUUGAAGGUGAUGAGGAGAGCAAGGAAUUGGCUCAAAUAAUGAGCACCAUGUCACCAGAGGAUGCAACCAUCAAGCUCACUGGCCUCGAACCUAGCCACCCUCUGUACCCAAAGAUCUUGGAGAAGGUGAAGCUAGUUCAGAGCGAGAAGAAAUAG